UAGGGAACUUGCGUGUGGUGUUGAAUUACCCAAACUAGUACGAGAUUGUUGAGAUUCGUUUGUGGUUAGAUACAAUCAUGUUGAAUGCUGUCUACAGUGCUGCCUUUAUUCCUCAUCAUCCUAGUUGGAAGAUACUAAAGACUACACAAGGUUCAUUAUCUCGCCAAUCUCUGUGUGUUCCCCGUCUGUUUCAAACUUUAGUAUCCAACGCAAGUACCAAGUCCCUAUCUGUUCCUUUUCUUGAGAGACCAAAGAAUCUGGAUGGGACUGCUCCUGGAGAUGUAGGUUUCGAUCCUUUGUAUAUCUCCGACUUGUUAGAUAUUCAGUGGUUGAGAGAGUCGGAAAUCAAACAUGGCCGUAUCUGCAUGUUGGCUGCCGUGGGUUUUAUUGUUCAAGAAUUUGUUCACUUACCGGGUGAAGUGUUCUCUAACAAAGUUGCCAUUGAUGCUCUAUUUCAAGUACCUAGUGGAGGUCUUUGGCAAAUUUUUCUAUUCAUCGGGUUGUUAGAAUUUGUCAUGAAUAAGGGCAAAAUGACGCCGUUGGAUAUGUUUUCCGAUCCUAAUAGAAAGCCAGGUGACUUUGGUUUCGAUCCACUUGGUUUGGGAAAGGAUCCGCAAGCUCGAAAACGAUAUGAAGUAGCCGAAAUCAAAAAUGGUCGUUUAGCUAUGUUAGCUGUGGGAGGUUUUAUUCAUCAUAUGUUAUUGACUCAUCAAGGCGUUGUUGAACAGUUGACUCAUUUCCGUUCUUUACCUGUCUCAUAAGAGACUUGAGUUCUUCUAUUACAUUUGGGAUGCCAUAAAAAGUCUUCGUCGAUUUUAUUGUUCUUCCAGAUAGGAUUGUACUUUGAACUCAACGACUCAAAACACACAAAAACACACAUAUAUUU